AUGAGCCAGUCAAUGGGAUUCAACUGGGGUUUCAAGCCUAGCAGCGAGUCACCUGCGGCAAGUGCGAUCUCGCCAUGCAAAAUCACUAAGCCACGGGUGAAAAGACGGCUUGCACCAGAAGAAACCGCCUCAACGGCAUCCACGACACCCACGUCGGCGACCAAUCUCAAACCAGGAAGGCUGAUAGCCAAACGUAGAACAGCACUGUCGGGUAUUCAGGGCCAGCCUUUACCUCUGGCGCGUGCCGUUGAACUCAUGGACAAGAACUUAUUGCAGUCGACGCUAUUGGAGUUGGUCAAACUGCAUCCAGAAAUACAAAGCACGUUUAUGGCCCUGCAACCUCCUUCGCGCUCUCUGGACCAAUACGUAAGCGUUUUGCGUACUAAGCUCGACCAAAUUUACCACAAUCUGCCAUACUCGCGGCUGCGAGGAUCUACUGUUUCCGGUGAGGACACGGAACAAUUGAACGAUUACGCAUUUGUGCGAGUGAAAUCCUGCGUUAUGGAAUUUCUGAACUGUCUCGUGGACUGUGUGCUGGAGAGCAUUCCACCUCAGACCCACUCAGCAUUGCAUUCUCUCAAAGUUUUAGACGCUGCGACCGAACUUUUGAGCCAAGUACCAAACUUUUCCACGGCCAGUAACAACUAUUACAAAAAUGUAUGUUACGAGCAACUGGCUGAGAUUUGGUGCACCGUGAUUCGUCAAGUUACGCAAGAUAUCACGUUUACAACCUCUCCUUCUGGCAUUGUGGACUGGCAUAAUAUUCUACAAAAACAUAACGCAAACUCGCAUGGCAAACUGCAAAAGCCCUGUCAGCUUUUGCAAACCUUUCAAGAACAGCUGGAUCCUUCUCACAUACAGGCAGCCCUUUCUCAGGAUCAACAACACUCAUCCAACUUGUGGAACAACUUAGUCUAG